UUGGUAUCAGGGUUCCCACGUCUCGCAGAUUCCUGCUUCGUCGUCCAUGUGCGUUGUUGCUUUUGCACAGAUUUUAGCUCGCAUCGCGUGAUUCUUUACCUCAACCCUCCGCUUCCGAGACUCGUGACUGGUUCAUCUCAAACCCCUCCUCGCUGUCGAAGAGUUCCAACAUCGAUCUGUGUGGGAACGUCGCUGAUUGUCGGCAGAGCUCUUCUAUUUUACGACCUAUUCAUCAACAUGGCUGAUCUGAGACAAGAUUGGGAGCCUGUGGUGGUCAGGAAGAAGGCUCCAACUUCGGGUGCGAAGAAGGACGAGAAGGCAGUCAAUGCAGCACGACGAGCUGGCGGCCCAAUUGAGACUAUCAAGAAAUUCAACGCUGGGUCCAACAAGGCAGCUACCAGUGCUACUGGUUUGAAUACAAAGAAGCUUGAUGACGAGACUGACGUUCUUGCUCACGAGAAAGUGCCCACAGAACUCAAGAGAAAAAUUAUGCAGGCUCGGUUGGAUAAGAAGAUGACACAGGCUCAACUUGCACAGCUCAUAAAUGAAAAGCCACAAAUUGUACAAGAGUACGAGUCAGGGAAAGCAAUUCCCAACCAACAGAUCAUAUCGAAAUUGGAACGUGUGCUUGGUACGAAGCUACGAGGAGCAGGAGCUAAAAAGUGAAUGUCUCUGUAGAAAGCAUCCUCAAGCUUUGAAUACCUCUGGUUUUGAAGCUAUUAGGCUUCUUCUCAUAUUGUGCAGGUUCUCAGCCAGAUGGUGGUGAGCAGAGUUUGGCUGAGGUUAGAGACAAUGCAAAGAAAGGAGCAUCAGUUACGAACGACAAGGUUUUCUUCGUUGACUUUCUCCCGCAGUUUGCAAUCAAGAUAGCUAGGAUAUGUGGAUUCAGGAUCGAAUCUCAGUAGCUGUAAAAGUUUAGCAUUGUGGAUGUUUGGUAUUGACUGGGUUUUGCCGGCUUAGCUACUUGUGGUAUACAAGAGGUAUUGGCAACGGUGUGGAAGGGUUUUGAGGGAUGUUGAUAAUGGUAGAGCUUCUCAAGUUGCACCUUCUGGAGCUGUGUUAUGUUGAAUCUAGUUGUGUUGAUCUUUCUCCUGAAUGAAGAAAAAACAAAAUCAACCACCAUUCUCAUA